CGUGGUUCCAUCUUGACGACGUGAAUUGUAAUGUUUUCGGUAGCAACCGUGUUCCGAAAAAAUAAAGCUGCGUGACCGGAGAAGCGUCAUUUCAUCCUCCCGAUGAUGGCCAGAAGAACCCAGAAGAACCUUGAAGAACCCUGAGAUGCUGUGGCUCCUGUGACUGGGAUUCUUUUAGAAGCAGCUCUUGUUGCUGCGCUAACUGUGUGAGACGUGAGACAUGUCCACCUUCCAUGAUGAGACAGCAGCUGAUGUUCCCGUCAGAGAUGUCACAGUGAACCUGUCCCGCCCCGCACCAGAAUGGUCGGCGGUGGACAAACAGGACAUCUCUCGUGUCUCUAGAGAGGAGCUGGAGGACCGAUUCCUACGACUCUACGAGGAGACCCUGCUCCUCAAACAGCAUGUUCACAAGCAAGAGGACAAGAUUAGGAAGCUGGGCACCAAGCUGAUGAGGCUGGUGAAGGACCGUGGUCGUAUGGAGCAGCUGGCGGCGGGGGGCGGUCCGCCAGCCUCCAGACUUCGUGACGUGGAGAUGGAGGAGAUGAUGGAGGAGCUCCAGGAGAAGUUGCGGAGUGUCGAGGCGGAGAAGGAGGUGCUGAAGCAGCGCCUUCUGGUGGCCAAGCAGCAGCUCAUCACCUCCCACAGCAGGAGGUCGUCUCCGUACCGCCAGGUCCAGUCCCGAGUGAACUCCGGGCUGAAGAGGCUGAGGGACAACGUCCCCUCUCCUCGUCAGGCUCUGCCCACAAGUACCCGUAGUUCAGAGGGAGUCAGCCACCCCCCCCCGGGCCUCUUACCUCGGUUUGGACACAGCCUCCUGGAGGAGGCGCGAGCAGAACUCCGUCACCUGGAGAACGUGGUGGAGCACCAGAGGAUCCAAAUGGAGGAGAUGGAGGUGGCGUCAGAGCAGCUGAGGGAGGAGCUGAGGAGGAAGGAGGCAGAGUUUGAGGAGAGACUCUUGCAGUUCCGAGAGCAGCAGACCUCCAAACUGAGGACUCACGUCAGUGGGAACAUGGUGAUGAUCAAACUCCAGAAGCAGCUGAUGGAGCGAACCAACAGGGUGACGGAGCUGGAGGGACGGUUUCUACAGCUGCAGGAGAGUCAGAGGAACCUGAAGCUCGUUCACAGCAGCGCCAUGCUGAAGGUGGAGGAGCUGUCGGCUCAACUGAAGACUGAGAGGUUGAGGAGCUCUGAGCUAGAGACAAGGCUGCAGAGCUCCUCCAUAUCAAGGAUGAAGAUGGAGGAGCUGCAAGAGAGGAUGAACGAGGCGGAGCAGGAAAGGGACUUGUUGAAGGACAAUAACGAGCAGCUGCUCAACAGAGCCAUGGCCGUGUCCCUGCAGCAGAAAGGUCAGACUCAAGAGCAGCAGCUGAAGCUCCAGGUUGCCCAGCUGGAAGCGACGCUAAAGGCUGACCUCAUCGACAAGAACGAGAUCCUGCAUAAGUUCGAGGCCGAGAGAGACGCAAACCAGAAGCUGAUAGAAGACAAUAAGAAACUUCAUCUCCAGUUUCUGGAACAGAAGCAGCAGCUGGAGGAAGUAAACCAGCGCCUAGGCAUCUACAGCAGGGAGAAGGAGUACGACGAGGCUGAACUCACCGAGGCUCUCCUGCUCAUCAAGAAGCGUAGGUCUCAGCGGAGUGGACAUCUGAGCUUCCUGAAGGAGGAUGAGAAGGCAGAGGAAGGAGGAGGAGGAGGAGGAGGAGGAGUUGGCCUGGGUGCAGAGGGUGACGUGCGAGAGUUGCGGGCCAUUCACGCCGAGACCAUCCAGGAACUAGAGAAGACCAGGAACCUCCUCAGCAUGGAGGGCAAGAUCAGCAAGGGCUACAAGGAGGCGGAGCUUGAGGCGGUGUUGAAAAAGAUGGAGGCCGACAGAGUGACGUGGGAGCAGAAGCUUGAGCAGCAGGUCUCUCUACUGGACUCCAGGACCGCUAAGAUCCAAAGACUGGAAGCUCAGCUCCAAGUCCUGUCCUACGGCACCACACCCUCUGUCUUCAAACAGGACGUCCCAGAUGAAGAUGGGUUUGAGGAGGAACCUCUCCACCUGGAAGGAGGAGAGAACCUGGUGGAGCUCAAGGUGGUCAGCGCCUCCAUCUCGCCGUCUGCCCUGCGGCUCCUGGGGGACGCCGAGCUCUCCACCUUCUGCACCUACUCCUUCUACUCCUUCGAGCUGCACUCCACCCCAGUGGCCAGGGGCCGGGCGCCGCGGUACGGCUUCACGUCCCGGUACCCAGUGACGGUGGACCAGGAGCUGCUGGACUACCUGCUGCGGGGCUCAGUGGUUGUGGAGCUGCAACAGGCCCUGGGACUGGACUGGAGGAUGCUGGCGGGGGGGCGCAUACGCCUGCAGGCCCUGCUGGAGCAAGAGGGGGGGGUCCGGGGCAGCGUGCCGCUUGUUGGUGUGUCUGACGAGGCUCGCUCCUUUGGCUCUGUGGACUACUGGAUGAAGCUGAAGGUUCCGCUGACGGAGACCCUCCGUCUGCACAGAGAGAAGCUGAAGGAGAAGGACGACCUCAGCAACACUCUGAACCAGGACGCACAGUCUCCUCCUGUUCCUCCCCUGCAGCUCCCGCCUGGCUGGAACCAGCUCCUCCUCACAAUCCAUGGCUGCAGAGACCUGAGGACGUCCGGGGCCUCUGUGUCCCUGCCGAGCCCCUUUGUGGUCUACAAGUUCUAUGACUUUGGGGACCACCCGACCGCCACCGCCUUUCACUGUGCCUCCCCCCAAUUCCAGGACCUGAGGUCCUACCCCGUCGCCAUGGACACGGAGCUGGACCGGUACCUGAGGUCGGAGGCCCUGCUCCUCUACGUGUUCGACCAGGAGGAGGAGCGUAUGGACGCCUACCUGGGGAGGGCCCGGGUGCCUCUGCUGCCUCUGUCCCGGGACCAGGGGAUCUCUGGACUUUUCCAGCUCACUGAUCCCUCCGGACUCAACGCCGGCCUCAUCCAAGUGACGCUGGAGUGGACGUCCACCUACCAGGAGAGGGAGGAGGAGAGGGAGGAGGAGGUGGGGAGUGGGCACCCUGAGGCAUUGGGGUCAAAGGCCGCUCGGCCAAAACUAGUGAGAGACAAAAAGGUCUCAUUCAGAGAUGCGUCUGCUCCAGAGGACCAGGAGGAGGACAUGAGAGACACUGCACCAGCUGCUAUGAAGCCUGUGUUUGCUCCUCCUCCCAACACCACAGAGGAGGAGGAGGAGGAGGAGGAGGAAGAGUCUCACUUCUCUGAAGGUCAGCUGGUGGUGGCCGGCUCUCCUUCUGACGCCUCUGAGGUCUCUGAGGACAUGGUGGAAGAUGUGGACGAGUCGUCCCGGUCGGACAGCGAUGACAUCAUCGUUCAUGGGCGGGCGGCAGAGAGGAAGCCAUUGCAGCGAGUCCGGCUGGAGGUUGUGUCUCUGACCUUGAGACCAGAGUCACGGGUGUCCCUGGAUGGCAGCGUGGUGCGUCUGUUUGUGGAGUACUCGCUGCUGGAUCUGCCCACCGAGGAAACACCCCUGUCUCUGCCCAAACCCCCCCACGGCAAGAGCAUCAACUUCAACUACAGCAAAGUGAUUCCUGUGGACUCUGAGAACAACGGGGCGCGGCGCCGCCUGCUGAGACGAGUCCUGCAGGGAGGACAUCCUCACAUGGAGAGAAUUCGGUUCACGGUGGUCAGCGAGCCUCCAGAGGAGGAGGAGCAGGAGAGGGAGUGUGAGGACGUCGGGGCGGCCUUCAUCCGUAUCCCCGACAUCCUGGAGAGACAACAGGACAUGGUGGACACCAGCCUGGAGGUGGUGGACGUGGAGGACAGCAGUCAGGUGGUCGGCAGUCUGACUGUGACCGUAGAGGGACUGGAGGCUCUGCAGGCCAUCAUGGAGGACCAGGACCUGGACCUGGACCAAGAGCCAACCCCGGUCUCCUCUCUGCUUCCAUCAUCAUGACCAUUGACCCAGAAGCAGUGCAACCACCAGAACUUCAUACCUUCAUGUGGUCCAGCAUCAGGAGACAAACAAUAAAUGAUCUAGAUUCACUUUGGCCUGAAAUAUCUCACCAACAGAUGGAUGCGUUGUGACCUGCGUUCAUGUUCUCCAGAGGAUGGACUUGUUUCACAUUGAAAUGAGACGUUUAUUACACAAAUAAAAUGCUACAUUUGAGCAAACUUUUAUGUGUGUAAAUGUCUGAAGAUGAUGUGAAAUAGUUUAAAUGUACUGUAGUUAUUUAAUGGAGCCUCAAUUCAUUCAUAAAUAUGUGACAUGUCGUGACAGUUUUCCUAAAAUAUUUUUUAUCUGUUUAACAUUGUUUUCUAAUAAAGGUUUUUCCCGUAAA